UAGCAGCAUUAAUUUUAUAUAUUUACCUAAAGGAUGAAGAUGCCUUAUUUGUAUAUUUUGCAACUCUGGUAAUGCAUUUGGUCCAAGUUUUCUCAUAGCUCUGAUUUCUUAAUCAACAUCUUAGAGUCAUCAGUCAUGGUGGGAUUACCACAAAUUCUAGUUUUAAUCUUUUGUGCUGCUUGCAUCUUUGGCCUUGUUUUGGAAGCUCAAGGCGCCGCUCAACCCGCAGCUGCUGAAUCUCGCACAGAUCCUGUUGAAGUGACAGCUCUAAGUAAAAUAUUUGAAUAUUGGAGGAUAGUCCCCGGGUUGUCAUCUACCGAACCAUGCAAUGAGGCGGCCUACAAACCCUAUAUCACAUGCAACUGUUCUUAUGACAAUAAUUCUACUUGCCACAUAACUAGUUUGGAUCUUUUAUACCAUCCGAUUUACGCCGUAAUCCCAGAAGCACUAUGGAAUUUGACUUUCCUCACCAGUCUGAAUUUAUUUGGAACUUACUUGAGUGGUAAAGUGUCUUCAUCGAUCGGCAAUCUAAAACAUCUACAAUUCCUGGAUCUUUCUGUUACUGCAUUAUCAGGGGAGCUUCCGCAUGAACUUGGAAAUCUUACUAAUUUAAGAAACUUGCAUUUGGGUAUAACCAACUUUUCUGGCUCUCUACCGUCUGAGCUUGGGAACUUGAGGAAUUUAGAAAGAUUGUGGAUUGAUAGUUGUGGAGUCGGUGGUGAGAUUCCUUCAACAUUUGCCAAUUUAGUAAACCUCCAGCAAAUGUGGGCAUCAGACAAUGAAUUCACAGGCAGGAUACCGGAUUUCAUAGGGAAUUGGUCAAGGCUUACUGUUUUGGGGCUUCAGGGAAACUCUUUUGAAGGUCCAUUACCCUCAACUCUUUCCAAUUUGACAUCUAUGGAGCGGUUGGUGAUAAGCGAUGUGUCAAGUGGGACGUCUUCACUGGCAUUUAUAAACGACAUGGAGUCUCUUGUUGUCUUAGGUUUGAGGAAUAACAACAUUUCUGAUUCAAUUCCAUUGAAUAUUGGAGGAUACAAACAUUUGGAACGAUUGGACUUGAGCUUCAACAAUAUAAGAGGGCAAAUUCCAGACUCUCUUUUCCAAAUGAGUUCUCUUACUCACUUGUCUCUUGGAAACAAUAAGUUAAAUGGCACUCUGCCUGAAAGUAUAAGUGGUUCUGUUGUCUACAUUGAUUUGUCUUACAAUUAUCUGCGGGGGGGAAGCUUCCCAUCUUGGGUCAACUCAAAUUUACGAAUAAAUUUAGUUGCGAACCAAUUCACAAUAAAGAAUUCAAGCAGAAGUGCUUUCUAUUCAGGAUUGAAUUGUCUUCAACGGAGCUUUCCUUGCAAUCGAGGCUCUGGAAUUUAUUCUGAGUUUGCAAUUGACUGUGGUGGUCCUCAGAUUACAUCAUCUACAGGGGUUGUGUAUGAGGCGGACGAUGCAGCAUUUGAUGCAGCUACAUAUUAUGUGACUGAAUCAAAGAAGUGGGCAGUUAGCACUGUUGGAUAUUUUGAGGUGAGAAGGCUCGACAAAAAUCCAUAUCGGUACAAAAGUUUAAGUGAUUCUGAAAUCACAAAUACUUUAGACUCACAGUUGUACCAGACAACUCGGCUCUCCCCUUCAUCAUUAAGAUACUAUGGUUUGGGGCUUAAGAAUGGCAACUACAGUGUUACUCUCCAUUUUGCUGAAAUAGCUGCUCUAAACCCAACCACAAUUAAUGGAAGUCUUGGGAGACGUGUUUUUGAUAUCUAUAUCCAGGAGGAUCUUGUUUUAAAGGAUUUUGACAUAAAAAAGGAGGCCGGUGGAAUCACUUUUCGAGCCGUUCAGAAGGAAUUUAAGGUUCAGGUAUCAGAAAACUACCUUGAAAUCCAUCUGUUUUGGGCUGGAAAAGGGACUUGCUGCGUACCUGAUUCAGGAGAUUCUGGACCUUCUAUUUCAGCCAUUACUGCUACCCUAGAUUUUAUACACAACAAGCAGAACAGGACUGAUCUAAUAGUGGGUAUAGUUGUUGGUGCUGGACUAUUAUUAAUCUUUCUAUUUGUGCUGGGGGUUUUCUGUUACACCCGAAGAAGAAAACAUCUCCAAACCAAUGAUGAUGACGAGCUUUUGGGACUAGAUGCUAGACCAUUCACUUUCAAGUACGUUGAACUAAAGAGAGCUACAAAUGACUUUAGUCCUGCUAACAAGCUUGGAGAGGGAGGAUUUGGAGCUGUGUACAAGGGAAAAUUUACUGAUGGGAGAGUCAUUGCUGUGAAGAAACUAUCUGUAGCAUCACUUCAUGGAGAGAGGCAGUUUGUAGCUGAGAUUGCUACUCUAUCUGCUAUUCAACAUCGUAACCUUGUGAAACUACAUGGAUGUUGCAUUGAGGGAGAUAAACGACUCCUUGUUUAUGAGUAUCUAGAGAAUGGAAGCCUUGAUCAAGCAUUAUUUAGACAAAAAAGUUUGAAUCACAACUUGUCAACACGCUACAAUAUAUGCUUGGGAAUCGCAAGAGGUUUAGCUUAUCUUCAUGAAGAGUCACGACUUCGAAUUAUACAUAGAGAUGUGAAGGCUAGUAAUAUUUUGCUAGACACUGAUCUUGUCCCCAAAAUAUCUGACUUUGGCUUGGCCAAACUUUAUGACGAUAAAAUGACCCAUGUAAGCACCCGCGUUGCAGGCACACUUGGGUAUCUUGCACCGGAGUAUGCCAUGCGCGGACACCUUACAGAGAAGGUUGAUGUGUUUGGAUUUGGUGUUGUUGCUCUAGAGAUUAUUAGCGGGAGGCCAAAUUUUGACUCAACAUUGGAAGAAGAAAAGAUGUAUCUUCUUGAAUGGGCUUGGCACCUGUACGAAAACAAACGUGAAAUUGAUCUUGUGGACCCUACAUUCUCAGACUUCAAUGAGGAAGAAGUAAAACGAAUGAUAAGAGUACCUCUUUUGUGCACUCAAGCAUCUCAUAUAUUACGUCCAUCAAUGUCGCGUGUGGUGGCAAUGCUUUUAGGAGAUAUCGAAGUGAGCACUAUAACUUCAAAGCCUGCAUAUUUGACCGACCGGAAUUUUGAUGAUGUUAUAGCUAAUGUAACGGCUAGUAUCUGUUACGACUCUUCAGAAAGUACAAGCAUGGUGGGUUAUCCAGAUAAUUUACCAGUAAAUGCUUCUAAACCCAUGCUUGGUAAGAUUAUCAAUAAUCCUAGGUGAGAUAUAUCUUUCUUCGAAUUUUUUUUUCCCCCUUUGGAUAAAUUGCUUCAUUUGUUUCUUUUUCUUUUUUUCAAUUCCUGAACUGAAACAUAAAUUUCUCAAGUUUUUCUUGUUUUCUGAUGUUUGACACCUUAAUUCGUUACAUGUAUAAGAUACUAUUUUAGCAUUUGUACAA